AUGGGCCGGGUAGCACCACGCCUGUCGCCGUGGCUAGCACUGGCAUGUGCUGUGUCCGCUGCGUGGGCAAAACCAAAACCCUUCAAUAUCAAUGAUGAUAUUCUGGCCUAUCCACAGUAUCAAGUGACCUUCCCCGAGGAAUACAUCCUGGAGAUGCAUGCCGAAGCACUACUUCGAUCCCAAAAUGGCCCCGAUACUCUGGCCCAGAAUAAGCCCCAAGUCUACACGGGGAAAGACCGAACCGAUCACACCGACCAUCAGUUGGACGAAUCUCCUUAUACAUACGAGGAAAUGAUUCUCGAGGACCGACGACUUCUAUGCCAAAUCCCACGCGUCAUACCAGAUGAUCACAACACAACAACAAAGGGUGAUAGCAAGACCGAGCAGCAAAAGGAACUGGCUCGCGCAACAGAUCGCGGGAUUGAAUUACUCCGCGAAAUGGAAGGACAGUGCAUGUAUUAUUUUUCAGGCUGGUGGUCAUAUUCCUUCUGCUAUCAAAAACAGAUCAAACAGUUCCAUGCCCUCCCCGCCGGUCGUGGGGUCCCUCACUACCCGCCCAUCGAGGACAGUACGACGCACUCCUUUAUUUUGGGAAGAUUCAUCGACGACAAGGAAGAAAGACCCCAAAAGUCUACCAAAACGGACGUGGCUGAGCUUCAUACGAAAGGGGGCUCGCGAUACUUGGUUCAACACCUCCGCGGUGGGACCAAGUGCGACCUGACAGGUCGUGAGCGCAAGGUCGAGGUGCAAUUCCAUUGCCACCCACAAUCGACAGAUCAUAUCGGUUGGAUCAAGGAAUUGGCGACGUGCUCUUAUCUUAUGGUCAUCUACACACCUCGUUUAUGUGACGAUGUUGCCUUCCUGCCACCCCAGCAGGAUGAAGUACAUAACAUCGAAUGUCGAGAGAUUUUGAUGCCCGAAGAGGUUACCGAGUGGGAAGCCAUCAAAGAUUGGUAUACGACAAAUCAACUGGCUGAAGCAGCAGCUGAUGCUGAUGCUACUCAAGCUGAACUGCCAGUCAUUGGCGGCAUUGUAGUCGGCGGUCAAAAGCUUGUUGGCAUGGAGGGCAAAGUGAUCGAGAAGGGACGCGUGGCUUCUACCGGCGAGGAACGAGUUGAUGUGGUUGCCAAGCGAGUGAAUGGGGAGAUUGGCAAGAUGUCGAAACAGAUUGUCAAGAAAUACGACCUUGACCCGGAGAAAGUGGAAGAAAUGAAGAAGCUACUGGAGGAGCAAGCCGAUGGCAAAGAUUGGACGCUGGAGGUUGUGGAAAGCAACGGCGUGAUCAAAUUCCAGGGCGUACUCGAUGACGACGAAGACCUCAACGAGGGAUCGUCUGCAGAGAAGCCACGGAAAGACAGGGACAACCCCAGGCCAAAGUCAGAUUCAGAACCCCACACGCAAGAGCGCAACGCAAACUCCCAAUCUGAGCAAACGGACCCGUCCGAAGAGCGAGGGAGCGAAGAGACGUUCAAAGACGAGCUAUGA